GUUUAUCAUCUGAAUCGCUAUCAAUAACGUAUCCAGCCAUGUCUAUUUUUAUUUACAUUUUCUCAGUCCAUUACAAUACGUCACUUCCGGUUUCGGCCAUUGAAGCUGAUUUUCAAAUCUCGUUAUUUUUUACACUUUCAAAUUACUUUUUCUAAUAUAAAUACGCUUUUCUAAAAUCUCAAAUUUUUAGGAACUAACUUUGAUGCUAUCUACUAUCUAAAUCAAUCGCUAUCUCAAUUUCGAAAAAAACCUCUUCAGUUGGUCUUUAAGUAACACUUAAAAUAGAAGUUUAUUCAUUUAAACUUAUGACUUAUAGUUUUCUUUAUACAGGGACAGACUACUCUAAUUUUCUUAAAUUAUACUUAAAACAAUCCUCUUGUAUUCACUUUCCAACAUUAUCAACUGUAAAAAAAAAAAAUGGUUUGGAAACUAAGUGACUUGUGCCUGCAAUGUAUACAACAACACCUGCAUAGAUAUCCAGAUUUGGGAUGCAAUCUUACAACCGUACACAAAGAAAUGCUUAUUGAUAGAUUGGCCUGUCAUGAUCUCUUUUUCUCAGAUCGACUGAUUCAUAUAAAGAACCAUUUAUUCACAUCGUCAUUGCGCCACAUCAACCUUCAAAGAUGCCCACAAAUUACAGAUCAAGUUUUACAGUUGUUAGGAAGUUCAGGAUGUAAAUUAGAAGUCCUAAUUUUAAAUAAACUUGAGAGUGUAACAGAUGCUGGCAUUCAAGCAGUAACUCAGGCUCAGGAUGCACUUCUUGUACUUCAUCUCAAAUAUUUGAGAAAUGUGACGCAGAACAUAUUAAACUUUAUAACUGCUCCAAAGUUGUGGUUUUUCAAACUAGAACAUUGCUAUAAUCAAAGCAAGACCUGGACCAAUGCAACAAGUUUAUCUUCAUUUUUAGUGCGCAAUCCUUCCAUUAAAGUUCUAAAAAUAACCUUACCACAUGACUUCAUUCCAAUAAUUGCAAAGCAUUUAAGAAGCUCACUGGAAGAAUUAAGAACAUCAUUUCAACUUGCCACUGAUGAUAGUAUAGAGCAUUUAGCUCAGUACUGCCCUAAUCUCAACAAAUUAGAUCUUAAUGGAGCUAAGUCUGUUGGAAAAGAUUCUUUGAUUAAGCUCUUUCAAGCCUGCACACAAAUGGUCAAUUUGGAUUUAGGAUACUGCAGUCGGAUAUCAUCCCCACCCGAGUGUGAGGUAUUAUGGACAUUGCCUCAGUCUCUGACCUCCCUGUCUCUGUGUGGAAUGAUGUUACAAGAUAAAGAGAUUCUAGUGGAAUGCAUUACACGUCUGCCUCGGCUGACAGCCUUAAAGUUAUGUGGUGUCCCAGCACUAACAGAUGAAACUCUAACACAGAUUGCUGAAAAGAUUGGUAAUCGACUACUAGGCUUAAACUUGAGUGGCAUUGGGGUGAAUGAAAUAACAGACAUAGGCUUAAAAGCAGUGGCGAAAUAUUGCACUCACUUGGAAGCUCUCCACAUCAGUAUGCUGAGAGAAGUAACAGGUGUAACACUAGCACCCAUAUUUUUAGACCCUAACAGAGCUUCCAAGAUAACAGAACUUGCUGCUAAUUGUAAAAAGAUGGAUGUUAAUUUGCUGGAUCAAAUUAUGUACAGUUGUCCGAAUCUCAAAAUUUUGGAUGUGUCUGGCUUGAAUGAAGUCACAGACCAGAUGAUAAUCACUUUAGCUGACCAUUCCCCUAAGUUGACUCAGCUACAUCUGAAAGGCUGUAAGCAGGUUACAGAUGCAGCUAUUUGUUACUUGAGUGGGUGCUGCCCGCUCACAAGUAUGUGCUUGUCUGGCCUGCAUGCCCUUACAGAUAAGAGCAUUUUCUGUUUAGCCAGCAGCUGUCCACAGCUGGAAGAGAUCUAUCUAAAUGGGUGUGCCAAUAUUUCACCCGUGGCUGUUCAAUAUUUAAAGGACUGCUGCUUAGGAAGAUUGUAUGUGAAGCAUAACAUUCCCAAUGCCAAUCCAAACCAGCUCAUGGCCAAAAACUUGGACACAGGGGAGUUCUGUCGAGCAGAUUUGCUUUAAAAUUCAUUCCUAAAUUUGUCUCAAUAAAAUACAGGGUAAAGUAUAUCUAAACUUCAAUAUCAAUGUUUUACAGAGCAGUUUUUUUUUAACCUUUGUUUUAAAAUGAAAUGUUCUGCAUUGAAAACCUUUUAAAAAUACUGGUGACUUCUAUUUUUAUUCAGUUUCUUCCAGCUGUGCUUAUUAUUAUGAAAAAUUGUAUUUUUAACCUAGUGCAAUAAUUGUUAUGUAAUAUUGAAGUGAAAAAUUUGUUUACUUGACUAUCUCCAUGCAUAUGGUUUGAAUUGUUUCUUUAAAGACGAAACGUGUUGUGUGUUAAGAAAAGUUCAUUUCAGUAGGGAACAAACUCGUACUCCUUCCAUAUUGGGAAACUGUAUUCAUCAAAGUUUAUCAUGUCAGCAGAGGUGCUGACUGUUAGUUUUACCAGUCAAAAAAAUAAUUCACACUACAACUGACAAUGGCCCAUUAAUUUAUAAAUUUAGAUAUUGAGUUAUGUAUGCAUUUUCUUGAAGUGUUCUCAUAAUUUUUAAAAUAAUUGUUAAACAACUAAUCAGGUUUAUGUAACUGUAGCUUAGGUUUGGCUGUAGAUUUUAGUCAAAUGAAAAAAAGAUAAACAAUACUUGAUUAUAGAUUUUGUUCAAUAUCUGUUACAAGCAUUUUGUUUUGUCAGUUAAAUAGUUUAUACCACUAUUCAUUCAAGCUCAUAUUAGGAAAAUUGUUUUUAUUAUUCAACAAUGUUUGGGGUCAAUACUUUAAUUUAUAAUUCAAUCAAGAUCAUAUUGGGUCACUUUGAUUUGUAUUCUUGGCCAACUUUCUUCUCAGUCUGAGGCCAUCAUGACUGUUGAAACAGGGUAAGGAGCCAAAAAGUUAAUUUUGAAGUAAAAACAAUCAUUAUGUUCAAUCAAAAUUCAUAUCUGUUGUCCAACUGUAGGCCUCCUAAAAUUACAAGUUUUUCUGUCAUUUAAUAUUGUUUUUUUUUAAAUACCUUCCUAAACAAACUCUAGAUAGAAAUCAGUUUGGUCAACAGUUAAAAGAAAUAGUCAACAUAAUAUGGUAAAUUGCUAAUCACUUACGACAUUUAUGUGAGUGAUAGGUUUGUUUUAACUAUUACAUUUUUUUUUACAGUUUCAAUCUGCUAGCUUUAGUUAUACUUGGCAUUCAGAAUUUGUGAAAUUAUUAUUUUUCUUUUGUGUUGUCAUUUCAAACAUUUUUCGGAAACUUCACAAAUACUUAUUUUCAACCAGCUAUCAACUUAAUUUUGUAUUUGUUUAUUGAGAAUUUAAAUUCACAAAUGAUGGUUGUAGAAGUUUGUUUUUGUUUUUAGAAUUUAUGUUUUUCAUGUCUCACAUACAAAUGAGGCAGUGAAGCUUCUGAACUAAGGAAAUUGAAGCAUAUGUUGACCUGGGAAUUCUAAAAAUACAAAAUUGUAGAAAUAGCUCUACACAUAAAAGCUUAUCAUUUGUUUUGUAUUUGUUUUUUGCUUUUUUUUUAAACAAAAUAUGACCUGUACAUAUUCAAUAUAUAUAAUGAUACUUGUACAUUCUAUUGUUUAACAUAU